CUGAGCCGACAGAGGUGCGUCCAGUGUUUUGGGAACCUACGACUUUCACUUUGUGACUCCUUAAGCCGAACAAGAAGAAUUAACACCGUGCAGUCGCGGGUGGGAGCUCUCUUUUCAGCGAAUGCUUUCUUUCUCUCCCCCGUUUUUUUCUAGAUGAGCUGAAAUCAAAGUAAGGAGAUACUUUUUUUUUUCCCCACCUAUUUUUUUUUUCUUUUUACAAAGUGGGUGCGAUUUCCGUGACUGUAUGAAAUAUAAGUGGACAUUUGGAGCUCUUUGACGUGGACCGGGCUGGUAAAUGAGCACCGAGGCGCACUCACAUUUGGGGCUGCAAAAAAUCCCCAUGGAUUUCGUCAACGACUUCGACUUGAUGAAGUUCAGCGGCGUGAAGAAGGAGGCGAUGCAAGUGCUGGAGCGGCCCUUCGUGCAGGGGCCGUGCGGGCAGCAGCUCGGGCAGAGACCGGACUCCGUCUCCUCCACCCCGGGCACGACACCUUGCAACUCCGUUCCCUCAUCUCCACACCUCAACGGCAACGAGCAGAGGAACAACCCCGGGGGGGAGCAGUAUUGGAUACCCAACAACGGGGGAUACCCCCAUCAAAUGUACCCCCAAGCUUUCGGCCUGACCCCCGAGGACGCCAUGGAGGCCCUCAUUGGUGCCACGACGCAGGAGGGCCACCCCUCUGCGCCCCACGGCCACCACCCGCAACCUUUCCCGGCUGCUGACUACGACGGGUACGGGCAGCACCUGAGCGAGCCGGUGCAGCCCUACCCGGGCCUUCCGGGUCACCCCGACAUGCAGGGCAUCCCCUGCCAAGACCCCUAUCUGAAAGACGAGAUGGGGAGCGCGUCCCCGCAGUCCCCGGACGGCCUGGACGGCCUGCACGUCCUGGGCGCGCACCACCCGCUCCAGCAGGGGCACGGCCGCCCGGACAGGCGCUCCAACGCCGACGCGCACUUCUCCGACGACCAGCUGGUGUCCAUGUCCGUCAGGGAGCUCAACCGCCUGCUCAGGGGCCUCAGCAAGGACGAGGUGAUGCGUCUGAAGCAGAAGCGCCGGACCUUGAAAAACAGAGGUUACGCACAGUCCUGCCGCUACAAGCGGGUGCAGCAGAAACACAUUUUGGAGCACGAAAAGACGAGCCUGGUGUCACAGGUCGAGCAGCUGAAACACGAACUGGGCAAACUGAUCCGAGAGAGGGACGCGUACAAACUUAAAUGUGAGAAAAUGUCCGGGGCGAACUGUUACCACGAAACGGGCUCUACCAGUGACAACCCUUCCUCGCCCGAGUAUUUAAUGUGAGCUGGGCCACAUCCUGACCUGCAGAAUGAGGAGGCAUUCGUGCUGUUGACAGCUCAACAAGUUUUUAAACCAUCUUGAGCAGAAAGACUUGAUCAAAUAAUUGUACCACAUGCAUCAAGUUAUUACUGGAUAAUUGCAAUGAGGCAUGCAUGCAGGACAUGUGUGGGGUGUUAUUUUAUACAGGCUUAUCUGUAGUUUGUCUGACAGGAGAUACUUGAAAUCAGAGGAUAUUUGCUUUUAUUAACAAACAUAUAAUCCUGCUUCAGUUACUGCUCAACCUUCAUUUCAGUGAUUUUGCUAUUUUUUUUAUUUUUCCUUUUUUUUUUUGCUCAAAUCAUAUUUUGUGCUCAUGAUUUCUUAAAUUAGAAGACUCGUUGAAUAAAUGAUGCCAAAAAAUCACACUUCUAUUAUUUCCGUGAUGCUGAUUCUGCUGGACAGAUGUAUACUCAAUUUGUUUUUCUUUUUUUUUUUAAAUAGAAUUAUGCAAAAACAAUUAUUAUUUUUCAAUUCACCUGUUUUUACAUUUACGUUUGAUUCAAUAAACCUACUGUGACUUUUUAAA